AUGCUUCUCGCUGGAGGUUAUUCAGCCACUGCGUCAUGUUCUGGUGGUGAUGCUGGAAGGCCGCAGCUUGCUCAGGGGUAUGAGACGGAGAGGGUGACGGCAUGCGUGGCUGAGGAAAAGGGUUGGAAGUCGGGGGCAUCGAAUUUCGCCAAGGGAUCUGGUAUCCUGCGACAUGACCUUGAGGGUGUUGAGGUUGUGCUCGCAGAGGAUUCGUUGGCGGGGCAGAAGCGGUCGGGCUGGGACCUGACGAUGGUGCUGAGGCGGGAGCAGGAAGUGACGAAGGCGCAGAAGGUGCGGCUGCGGCUGCGGCUGAGGGUUGGCUGUCUUGCACAUCGCGAAUAA